AGAGGCUGUGACGCGCCCGGAUGUGUUUGGACGCAGGACGCUAAGAACAUUUAGGGCACGGUUUGGGUUGUAGGCGUGCGUUCAAAGUUAUACCGGCCGGCCUCCACAACUUGCCUGUGAGUCCUUUGGCUAGACCACAGCAUUACAUGUACAGGACAGAAAGUGAGAACACCCAAGUCAAGGUUUAAAGAUAAGCGUUAAGUUCAGUGAACGACUCACUAAAACUUGGACUGCCACAAGUGCUAGCUGUGAAAGCUUCAGCGUUAACAUGACUUUGACGGACACGAAUCUCGACAACCUGGCCGAAGAAGCGGUUGUGAUGACACCGUUGAUCUUCGGUGAAAGUAUGGUGGUCAGGGUGGAAAAACUGCCACCAGAUGACAUUGACUUUAGUCUAGUUCAGCACGUGGCGGGCGGACCGUACACCGGAAUCUACGUUAACAAGGCAGUCAAAGUGAUGCCUUCUCUGGAGGAGCCGCAAGUGUCAGCAGGAUUGAGAGCGUAUUUGGUAGAUCCCGAAGCCGACGACCCCGACGUUUAUUAUUUGGAAGAACGCGUUUUUCGUUUUUGGUUCCGAGAUGGUGUCAACGAAGCGUCCCAAGUCGCGACAGCUGAGAAGUUCUUCCAAGAAGUGUGUGAUCCCGAGGAGUUUCCACGAGAUUACACAAGUUUCGCUCGUCGGGUUCUGCUUCUCACGCGUAAAUUCCUCAUGAUCCGUAAGGUGGAGCUGGAGUUGAUCCCGGUGAACGAAGAAUCUGCUCUUAGCGACUCCAGCUACAUGCACCAACAGGAGGUCUUGGUGGCCACCACGAUGUCCACCCUAUCCACGGAGGACGCUGGGAGAUCGGGACGUAAAGGCGCCGGUGUUCGGAGAGGUCCUUCAUUUAAGAAACUGGUGAAAGGGCCUUCGUUUAGAGAAAAGCUGACUCCAUCGAAGAGAGGGCGCGUGUUAAUAUGGAUUGCCAAGAAACAGAAAGUACUCAAUAUUCUGGAAAAUGCUUUUCCAAACUCUCUUGCUGCUGAGGAGCUAGUCAGAAUCGCUGGUUUUCGUUCCCAAGACUUGUUAUCUGUGUCGGUGAUUCUGAAAGGUCUCCAGUCCAAAGGUUUAAUCUCUGAAGUCGCCUCUGGAAGCUGGAUGAGGAUACCCACCAGCACAGAGGAACAUGGGCAGACUCACGAAAUCAAGGUGGUAAAGAAUCUCCCUCAGUUGUCUGGCAGCGAACAGCCAACUAUAGCUAUUGUUACUUUACUUUACUGUGAAAAACUCGCCGUGGACGCCAUGAUGGAUAGAAAGACAACAUACGUGCGCUUUAAGACUGAAGGUGAAUCUCUUGUGUACACAGUUGGAAUGAUAGGCCCACAUAAAGUGGUGUCCACCAAACUCGCCAGGGUGGGGAGCGGCAAAGGUGCCAUGAUUUCAGCUGGAAACGUUAUUACUAGACUUUCAGGUACAUUCAAUAAAGUCGAGCACGUUCUUCUCGUGGGCUGCGGAGGCGGCGUCCCCGACUACAACGACUACUCCAAGCACACACGCCUCGGCGACGUGGUCAUCUCUCAGGCUGAGAACGCCGGGGACGUGGUUUAUAUGUACUGUCAGACACCGGAUAAAGGCAUGUCUUUCGAUACAAGAGGGUACGCGCCGAGCGACCCAACAAUUCACGAAGUCAUCAACAGACUGCGGAAUAAGUACGAGAACGACGCCUUCUACGGUCGUCCAUGGGAGGCCUACAUGGACGACGCACUGCGCGGGUUGGGUGAUGAGGGAUCACGUUUCGAAAAGCCACCUUCAAAGACGGACAGACUAUACAAAGUGGUUGACGCAAACCAGAUUGUUGAGGUGGAGCAUCCUACGGCCCCUGACAGCGUCGACGGCGCUCCAAAACUUAACCUCCGCUACGGGCUGAUCGCGUGUGGAAACACCAUCACGCGACGCGAUGACAUACGCCAGGAGUUCGCUGUGGCUAACAACAUUAAGGCCUACGACUGCGACUUCCAAGCGGUCUUCGACUCCAUCGAAGGGAACCGUAAGGACAGCUUUGUUGUGAUCCGUGGCAUAGCAGACUACGUUGAUGGGUCCAGGAAAAAGGAUUGGCAACCUUACAGUUCCCUAGCUGCAGCUGCGUACAUGAAGGCUUUGAUCCUGUCGUUCCCGUAUGACGAACCUCUCACACCUUAAGAUGCUCUCAUGGUGGAAACACCAAUAAAGAAACAUUCCUAUGAACUUGCCUAACCGAAUCAGUCCUGUGAUUAGGUGCAGAUUCGGUCGAAUGUGAAAAUUAAUAUUUCGUUACUGCUUCUAGCCUGUUUUGUCUAAAUGCUAAAUUUGUAGGCAUGUUUUAUGUUUUAUGUUGUUCUCGUUCUGGUUGAAAGGUGAGAGUCAGGGAAGACUAAAAAUAAUCUCUGCUACUUAUACUCAACGUCUAUAUGAACUGUGCGUUAUAUCUAAAUGUUGAAAUUUAAAUUAUUUUAUGGACCAUGAUGAAAAUAUGUCCCGGGACAACAUAUAUAUAUAUAUAUAUACAUAUAUUCGCUCACUCCUAAUCGUUACAGUGUGUUAGGUACAUGUAUUUUAUAAACGCUUUAAAAGCUAUGCUUUCUUCAUGAGUCUACAAUGGCAGCUUUGAUUAUUUUAAUAUGGUUGCUAGAGUUUUAUCAAAUAGGUAGGACUUACGAAAGUGAAUACAAUUGAUUUAGUGCCUUAAAUGUCUUUCAGGAGGAAGACUUAUUUAGAUGUAUAUUUGUAUCUUUUGAAAUAUUUCAUCUGAAUAGCUUCUGCGAUUCCCCACGUGCUUAUGCUAAUCAUCGACCAUAGUGGAAAUAAAAGCUUAUUUAGAUAAAUGCU